AUGUCGGAGUUUGAUUCCGGGCUGUACUUUCGAGUGGCUUUCUUCGCUUUUCUUAUUCCUCUGGGAUCCGGUGAGUUCUCUAUCAUUUGUAAUCUGGGCAUAUGAGUUAAUACCUCAACGAAAUCACAGAUUGUUUUUCGGCAGGGACUCCAUAGAUAUGACAUAAUUAAAUUCCAUUUCAUUGCCGUCAAUUGACAAACUGUCGAGUCCGACCGAAAAAAUCCCAUGUGAAUUCAAACAUCUUCUUUAAAGCUGAAACAUCUGACAAGUUAUUUUAUUUUGAGAGAAUGAGUUUGGGAGAAUUGUAGUUGCGAUUUUCAAAUCUAUCUGGCAGAGUAUGAUUUACUUCCUGGUAAGGGGUAAGAGCGUCUCACCGACUAACCUCGUCGCUCGUCUUUUCUUAGUUACGUAAGAGCAUGAUCUUCUCUACUUGGCUUCACGAUGUUUAUGAAGCGGUAGCUUGAGAGAGAUCUGAACUUUUUUCGAAACAGAACUAGCUCGCUUCGUUAUCGAUUAAAAUAUGACGGUUCCCUAAUUACACAGUCAUCAAAUUACACAGUCCUUAAACUUUGCCCAAUAAACUAUCUUGGAGGCAAAAAUGGAGGAAAUGAUUUCGGAAUGGAGUUGUAAUGCAGUCUAAUUAUGACGUCCACCCGUUAUGCGAAUGCGAUAUCCUUUUUCACAAGAACUCUCCAAAGUUAUGAACAGCGACUGCUAUGCAGACAGGUGUGGCGACCAAAUAUCAUUUGUUCCUGUCAGCUAGAAAUUCGAGCAAUCGCUGCUUUACUUGGAUUUGAGAGGUAUUCAGGACAAUUAUACGAUAGAAUUACGUGACAGAGUCACUGGUCAAGGUGUAUUUCAAUGUGUGCUGUUAUCGCCGGUUACACUAAAUAGAAUCCUGUAGUUUGGUUCUGAAAUGUUCAUACAGGUUUUGAAUAGCGUAACCUGUCAGAACUCAAAUAUGCAUGAAGUAGCAGAAGCCAAAUUUUUAAGAAAGAGUUUGCCAUUAAAAUGUUAAGCGAGCGCUAAUCAAAUUAUGAUAUUCGAUGAUUGUUGUUGACGUCUUUCGUCACGAGAGGGUAAAAUUUGUCAAAUUCUGGCCUUUUGAAAUGUUUAGAGUAUCAAUCAGUGUAGUCUAAAAGCUCUGUCCUACUAUCUUUUCAACUUAAAAUGGUUAAAAUCUAAGAUUUAUUGAGCUACUUAUACAAAACGGUCGGAGUUUGUUCUAUGAACUAAUUUGCAUAAUCGGCUGUCACCCUAGCAAAAUCGCUGAAAGUUUGAAGUCAUUGCGGCGAACAAAAUGAAUAAGUGCAAGAUGUUUUUAUAUUUUUCUGCAGCCAAACAUCUUAUUAGAAGAAAUUAAGCGGAGUUUUCAAUGGUCUGGUCUGGACUUGAGCAAUAUCAACCAAGAAGGAAAGAGUACUUUUGACCAAGUUCAGAAAGCUGUCUAACGAGUGUUUUUAAAUAAAUUAUGACGAACCCCUGAAUAAACAAAUAUCAAAAUUGAAAUACUUUUUAUUCACCUAACAUAUCACACAGUUUAAAAAUACAAGAGAUUUUUUGCUGCAUGCGGUGUGAUACGAGGACCAGGGUAUUCAACUUUUGAAAUUUUCGAUGUGUCGCAAGAGGUCAAAAAAAAGGGCCUUUAGCAGCUUUGACUUUUGAGAGCUCUAAAAAUUUUAUUUUAACCGCGGUAUUUCCAGAAACUAAUGUGGUUUUAUUUACUUGCUACCAAAGAUAGUUUAUCGGGCAAAGUUUGAGGGAAAACUUUUUUCCGAUGCGAAAUACUUUGGACCGCUCUCACAGAGAUCGCCUCUUAAGUAUUCGGUGUAUAUUCAUGAAACUCGGCACGAAACAACUACUAAAUAACCAAUCAUAAUGUGUUAAUAGACAUUUCAUUCGUCUUAACUCAUAGAAUUUUCUUCAACGCCGAAAAACUGAGAUUAGCAGAGACCUUUCAUGAAAAUCCCGAGUCAAGGUAUAGCUCUGAAACAACCUUUAAGACCAGACCAAGAAAAAGGGUUUCGGGUUUAAGUGACGUGUUGCAAAGAGGAUCACAAAAAGUAUCUCUAUAGAUGUUCUGAAGGCAUAAGGAGAAUUUGCGAUGUAAAGUGAAAUUUUGAAAUGUGUUCAAUUGCAAAUGAUCUGAAAGUGUACUAGUGUCAGUAAAUAAUUGGACACACUCCAUCAAUCGUUGGUCCAAUUGAUGAUGUCAUCGUUAAAUUUAUCAUGUUAAAUCUGCUCUAUGGAGUUUUAUUAACGAUCGGUUAAACGACAGAGUGUUACUAGAACAAUUCCUGAGACCAGAUGGUAGUCGUAACACUAAGGUUCUGUUUACAUGAAAUUGGGUGAUCUCAGGUAAUUAAGGUAACCCACCUAGCCGUGGUAAAAAUUAAUCCGCUUUUACACAAUCCUACGGCCCCGGAAUCCCUUGGUGAGGUCGCAAUGCCACUACUAUAAACUGGGAUCAUUUACACUCCUUUUACGGUUCACGAUGAACAAAUGAAAACAGGAUUUAGCCUAUGGAAUUUGGGAAUAAAUGACUACAAACUGCACCUGCACUACGGAGUUUACCUUUGUUAGCCUUUGAAAAAUAUCCUGGUAGUACGAUUACAAAUUACUCACAAAACCAUAUGGCUACCUAUUUAAUGAUCACGUGACUAACUUUGCACGCUGGGUUAUUUUCCCGCCAAAACCCAAGGUCGUGGCAUGGUUACUAAGCAUGCCACAGUCAACAUGGAGGACAGUAAUCUCACUUUUUAGACCAAGUUACUACCGUAACGUGUGUUCUAUAACUAAAACGAUCAUAAAACUCCUAGGUAUCCAGGUAAAUAACUAGUUAUUUUUCGGGCUGAACAUAUCCUGAAGAAAUAGUAUCGAUGGUAGAAAUGUCGUACGAUGUAGUUAUUGUUUUUGUGUCUGUGAAGCAAAUGACCUCAAUUUCUGGGGAUAUCUAAAUUUUCAUGUCCGUAUAAAGCACAAAUUAAAAGAGUCAGAACCUUGUUAGAAAUGUAUAUCUAGGCAGGAGCAAUGAAGCAAAUGAAUUUUCUUGCAAUCAAAAACUCAAAACGAAAUAUACCCGCGACUAUUCAUUGAGCUUUACUUAGUUUGGUUAUAAUUUUUCUGUUUUAUCUGUUAACUUUCUAAUAGGGGUAUGUAUCGAUUUGGAUCUUGGUUUGGAAAAUGAGAGAAUUUCAGAUGAUAACAUAACCGCUUCUUCGGUACAAAAUGCCAACACACCAGCCAAGAAUGGUAGACUGAAUUACACAUCAGGAUCAUCAUGGUGUGCAGGAACGAGUGACACUAACCCAUAUCUACAGAUUGAUCUACAGACUCUUCAUAUCAUCUGUGCUGUCUCUACUCAAGGAAAUUCUCAAGCAGAUCAGUGGGUGAAGACCUACACUCUACAAUUAUCCAUAAAUGGGACAACUUGGACAGACUACAAGGAAGCUGGACAAGUUAAGGUGCAAUGUUUUUCUGAGUAA